AUGCAAAAUAUUAAACCCUGUCCAACGAAGAAAAGUAAAUUUUCAAAUUUUGUUUAUCAGCCUAACGAAAACUCCAGUAAUGAUUAUAGAACAGGUCCGUUCGUUGAAUGUUUUAGAGCUAAUAUUUGCAAGCAAACUGAAUUAGGAUCUACGCCUUCUAUAAACCUUAGCAAUUCCAAAAAAAUUGAAUAUUUACGAGAGUGUUACACUCAAACGAACAGAAAUAUUUUCCCAGAUCAAAUAAGUCCAGCAAGGUACAGUUUUAGUAACAUAGGUGGCCAGAGAAACUUUUUGCAACAACUUGCAAGAGACAGAAUGAUGCAAAAUCACUGCGAAGGAGACACGAAAGCCGAUUACGAACCGCUAAUGACUCAAGAAGAAUUAGCUUCAUUGCCAUUCGAUCGAACAUUCAACGUGGUCAACUUUCUGAACCAGGAAGAUUGUAAUCAGAAUCACUAUUACGAACCGAAUUUGAACUUCCAAAGUACUCUCACUUACAAAAGCGUUCUUAGAAAAAAAUCUCAGCAAACUGAAACGAUCGACUACGGAAAAGACAGAGGCAUCGAAGCAGAAUUAACUCAGAACAAUUCCAAAGCCAGUCAAUAUAAAGUCACCGAAAACACACAAACCGAACUGAAAGCCAAGAGUUUCUCAUUCAUGUCUCCGACUAUUGCUAGCGAAUGCAAGAACCAAAGUCUUGAUAUCAAGCACAUAGAAAGUCUAAUUGCACCCACGAGAAAGGUAAGAUCGAUGAGCCCGAAAAGAUCAGCCAGUCCAAAAGCGGGGAACAGAAUAUCCCGCCAGAACGCUUCCUCAAUAAGUAGGCAUAAUGAAAGAAGCGAUUCCGCCUUGCUUGGACCAGAAAAUAUUGAAAACGAUGCAAAGCUUGAUAUCUCUCACUCCUGCGCCGGCCUUGGAUCUAGAGGAACAUCUGCGACAUCCACAGAAAACGCUCUGUUACAAGCUGUAAAUAAGCUGCGAGACUCUGAUUGGAACGUAGCGCUGCGAGGUUUGGCAGAAAUCGUAGAGAUCUCCAGGCUUGUCGGCCACGAGCAUAUUCUUCAACACAUGACUGUAAUCAAUCAGAAAUUGAUAGAUCUGAUUAAGAGCCCGCGAUCGCACGUUAGCAGGACUUCUUGUCAGGCCGCUGGGCAUAUUUUUGAAUUCGUGAAGGAUACCAGGCGACCGGAAUUCGAUGAACUGGUGGAUAGUCUUCUUUGUAAAUGCGCUGAUUCUAAUCGGUUCAUCCGCCACGACGCUAAUUUGGCUUUGGACUGUAUGGUUACUCAUAUUCCAACAUUUCAUGCCGUUAGAGCGAUUUGUUCAAAGGGGCCCGAACAUAAGAACCCUUUAGUGAGAGUCGCUGCCGCUAGACUUUUGGUUUGUUCGAUGGUGCUCUCCGGUCCUCAAAAUAUAAUCCACCCUUCUAGCAAUGAGUACACCAAGAGGCGGAUUAUCAUGAAAAUGGCUGGUUUUCUUGAAGAUCGCAGCCCUGAUGUGAGAAAAUACGGAGAGAGGAUCUACAAAAUGCUCUCCAAGGACAAAAUUUUCGACGUAUACCUCAAUCGUUUCCUCGAAAAAGACGUGAUAAUUAAAAUGAAGAAAAUCAUGAAGAACACCACCGAAGUUGUUUAA